AUGGAGCUUCCAGCUUUUGAACAACUGAACCUGCCUGCCAGUCCAUCCGAGAUCGAGGAACAGGUAGAACGUUUCGAACUGGUGUACAGUAUACGCAAAAGUGGCGCACAGAACCAAUUGUCUUACGAGCUCUUCAAGACGCUGCUGCUUCUCAACCACUUGCUGUCCACUGAUUUCCAGGCACAUGAACGGGCAAAAUUCAAUUCUUUGUUUGGUACCGAGAAUGUCACCAGCUGCGAUUUCAUCCUGCAGCUGAACAGGCAUGCCUCCCGGUGGAAUUACGAGGGUCGUUUGGAAGAACAACUGUCUGACUACUUUUUGGCAGGCCUAAACAACUUGACAAUCCAAGGAAAGUUGCUGGAAAAGAUGGAUCUAAUUUAG